UUGCAGUUUUGCCCGUCUUUAAUGUGUCAUCAAAAUUAACGAAUUUUGUGCAUAAAUAAAUAAAGUGUUAACUGUCUACGAAUGAAAUGGAGUUUCCACCGUGUCCACCCUCUUUGAAAUCGAUACAGCAUUUUCUCAAAUUGGCACAGGAACAUGACAAUCGGGAUGUGAUCAUUGCAUAUUGGGCAAGACUCUAUGCCCUGCAGGUGGGUCUGAAGGCCUCCACCCAGAGUCCCGAGGAAACGAAACUGCUGUUGGCCAUAAUGGACUGGUUAGAGCAGAUGAAAAAGCAGCACGCCGAUAAUGAAGCCUUAACCAACGAUGUUGCUGCCCAGGCACACAUUGAGAACUAUGCAUUGAAAUUAUUUUUGUAUGCCGACAAACAGGAUCGCGAAGAGAAUUUUGGCAAGAACAUGGUCAAGGCGUUCUAUUCUAGCGGAGUACUUUACGACAUUUUGCAAACAUUUGGUGAACUGAGUGAGGAAGCGACGCAGAAUCGCAAAUAUGCCAAAUGGAAGGCCGCCUACAUUCACAAUUGCUUGAAGACGGGGGAAACGCCCAAACCCUUUGCUGCACCCGAUGACACUGAGCAAGAGGAGUCCGCUGGAAAUCCGGCCAGUGGGGAAGGUGACGAAGGUAACAACAUUGGCCAUGAAGCUAGCGGUGGCGGUGGGGAUCCGGCUAUCUCUGACAAUGCCAAUGACGCAGUGCAACCAUCUUCGCCAACUACGCAAAUAACACCUCCCACAGCCGAGGAAGUGCUAAAUAAUCCAAACAAAUUGCCCAGUCCACCAGUAGAGGAGGAGAAACCUGGUGGCUUUGAGCCAUAUGUGCCUACAGCACAGCCUCAUCCAGCUGCUGCUACCAUUUACCAGCCAAUUGAACCAGUGGCUGGAGUCCAAAUAACACCAGAUCAGAUGAUUACGGCCCAAAAGUACUGCAAAUAUGCGGGCAGUGCCCUCAAUUAUGACGAUGUAAAGACAGCCAUUGUUAAUUUGCAAAAGGCUUUAAAACUGCUGAGCACUGGGUCCGAAUAAAUCUUAUACAAAUAUACAUAUAUAUUUUUUAGAAACUCACAGUUAACGCUAACACCAUAAACCCUUAUAGUAUAUACUGAUAUAUUCUCGCACUUAUUGCUUUCCAAGCUAAUAAUAUAUAAAAAAAAAUAAAAACAAAGUUCUGAAAUUUAA